AUGCUAAGGAUGAAGGUCGGAAAGAGGAAAUCCCACAUAUUCAAGAAACUUUGGAAAGAACAUCUAAAAGAUCAAAACGCAAAAACGGACGAUGAUAAGGAUAAAAACCAGAAAGUCCGCAAGAACAAGAUUACAUUUUUGAAAAAGCCGCUUUAUGAAAAAGUCAAUAAGUCAAAUGAUAUCGAUUCGGUUGUAAUUAAUACAAAUGAUUACCGCCGGGACUCGGAACCUAAUGUUCUCAAGCAGCAAGAGCCGGAUCUUACUGACUCUGAACCGCGAACACCUCUUGAACAAAUUAAUAGAAAUGAUUACCGCUGGGAAUCGGAAUUUAAUUUUCACAAGAAGCUAGAUCCGCAAUUUUCUGACUAUGAUCUGCGCACAUCUCUUGAAGUGAAACCUCUCGUCAUUUCUCAGCACAUAUCCAACUUUAUGAAGGAAUACGGCUCGGUAUUAAGUUUCUACCAAUUAUAUCCAGAGUUAUUCAAGAGCAAUGAGCUGGAGAGGUCAUUUAUCGAGGCUGCCACCGAAAAGGAAAAGCCGAAGGCAACCAGGAAAUCAAGGAAACCCAAGGCUAAGAAAGCCAAGAAAGUGGAUGGCUUGCCAUCCAAGAGCUGCAAGAACGCCUGCUCCCUGUGCAACUGCCUCAAAAAGAAGCAAUCCGAAAUGCCGGCUUACAUGCAACGGAUGCAGCAGCAGCGCCAGCGACUGGAACUGAAGACCUACUACACCCAGAAGUUCCUGAAGUUGCAGCGGGAGCAAAACCCGGAUCCCCAGGAAAGGAAGAGAGUCUGCACCCGCGAGGUCCUCGUCAGAUGCUACGAAACCCUGCAUCUUUGCCAGGAGAUUCUGGAACACAGGAGGGAAAACCCAUGCGAAGGAUGUAAACAUGAAUAGCUAGCGAAAAGAAUCACACGAAUACCAUUUUCAGGACCUUAAAAACCUAAUUCUAAAACAACGAAUUCUCAGAUGGAUGAAAAAUAAAAAGACAAACAUUUUAAAA